CAAAUUUCAGGGUGUUUGUAUUUGCACAUGGACUAUAAGAAGGCUGUCACAAUGCAGGGCAAGGACACACCGUGCUUUGCUGCAGGAGGUGAUACAAGGAAUUUGGAAAUGCUUAAAGGUGUGUUCUUCUAAGACCUUCUGCAUCAUAAAGGCAUUUUACCUAGCACUUACCAAAUCCCAAGACCACUGCCUACAUGUUUUGUUAAAGGGUGAUUUAACAAAACUUUGGAGAAAUCCAUGGAAAGACAUCAGUGCUUUCUGCCUCUCUGCCAGCCUCUGUCCUCAUCUCUGCCAGAGCCUGGCUGUGCCAAUGAGCACCCGUGCGUGCAGUGAAGUGCUGCUCAGCAGCAAGUAAAGCCAAAGGAAUUAGCUUCAAUGUCCUUGCUCUGCUUACUAUCUGGGUGGAAGAAACAAUCAGGAUGGCUUCUACAGCUAAAAGAAAGUCUGCAGUGAGAACUGCAGAUAUGUUUUGCCCUGAAGGUGGAGUGUGCAAGCACGGAUUCCUCAUCAAAUCACCACCUCUUCAGCUUUUCAGCUCACAGAAUUCCUGGAAAAGGCGUUUCUUCAUCUUGUCCAAAUCCAGCAAGGGCAGUUACAUCCUGAAGUAUCUGAAAGGCCAGAACAUAAAAGGCUCCAUAGCUGUUGAUCAAAUCAUAAAUAUUGAAGUUGGCAUCAGCAAAUCCGAAAUGAUGGAGAUGGUGAGGAAGAUGUUUAAAUGCCUUCCUGAGCAGGUGAUGUCCGUCAGCACUGGAAACAGGUGUUACUACCUCAUUGGGAGCAGCAGGCAGGAAACAGAGGACUGGGUCACUGUGAUAUCUUCAGUCUGCAAGGAGGCCAAAAGGGGUGGAUGCUGCCCUCAGACCCAAGAUCCUCCAAACUCAGAAGUCAGAAGCCGGCCUUCCUCCUUGCCACUGUUCUUAAAUUCUAUAGAUACGACCAGUAUCGUGGAAAGGCAGAGCUACCAGAAGGAGAAUGGUUCCUCAGAAGACAAGAACAGGCCUAACUCAGACCCUGGCCCUCAUCAGGCUCAGUGUGACUCACCAAGAGGAAUUUUUCCAAGUCUGGAUAAAACUCUGGGAAAGUGUGAGGAAAACCUGCUGUCGUCAGAUACAGAUGAAGACAUCAAAAAGGACGAAGAAGAUUAUUACCAAACUCCCAGCAGUAUCUUAGCACAGUGGACUACUGAGGUAUCAAAGCCUGACCCUACAGCUGGAUUUGAUGCGCAAGAGAAAGCAGUGCAGACAAACCCAGUACAGGAGAACAUUUAUAUGCCAAUGAAAUCACUUAGGUUGCUGGAUGAGAGCUGCCAGCUCACGUGCAGACAUGAUGGGCUCCCAUCUCUUCCCGAAUGCCAGGACAACAGCACGUGUCCAAGAGACUUGGAAGCAAACAGAGACCUACAAUUCCCAGAAAACAGCACCAGCCAGCAGCCAACCCUCCAGAGAAGGCGAAAUUCAUCACCACUGUCAGUGGUUCAGCUGUCUAUACUGCUCAGUCAAAUCAAAGAUGAGACCCAGCUGCAGAAGUUGGAUGUUUUCGUCCCCCUGGCUGAUAUUAACAGUUACCUAAAGCUUACCGAAGCAGCAGGACAAAUAUGUGUCUCCCAGUGGACUGGUCCUCACCAAGUGGGAUGCUUGUUUAACCACGGAGACCAUAUAGUGGCUGUGAAUGAUCUGCAGCCCCAGAAUGUGGAGGAGGCUUAUUUCUUCAUCAGCAGGUCCAUGAGAAAGGAGGUGAAACUUACUGUUUGUAGGAUUCCACAUUCAGAUACCUUCCAUGUUAAAGGCUGCUCAUGUUCCUGAAGAAAAGACCUCAGUGAUUAAUGGUGUUCAAAGGCCUGAAUUCUGCAUAAAGACGGAGGGAAACCCCAGUUCUGGGACUACAGAGGCUGAAAAUGGAAGAAAACACAUUCCCUGGAAGCUCUUCUCCAAAGCUGCUGUGGGAUUCCUUCACUCCACACCAUCUCUUUGAGCACAACAAAUCCAUUUCUGGCUAAGGAGUCUCUGAGGGAUGAGAUGCUGGGCUAUCACCAUACAGGGCUUCUUCAAGCUCUGUAACUGUGUCAUUCUGCCAGGACAGCCUCUAGGCCCAAAUCUUGAAAUCACAGAUCAUCUAGUUCAAGAAUAUGCACCGAGGAUGUCACCCUCACCCUUUCCUUCCCAAGGCUUGCCUAAGCUCUUUGAACUUUAGAAAAGUACAAACCUUCCUGCGCUGUUCCAAGACUCAUCUCUCUGUAUCAUUAGGAAGAUCUUACUAAUAUGUACACCAGACGAUUUAUUCCUUGCCCUGUUUGCAGUGGGCACAGGGAAUGGGCACUUCCACUGUCUCCAGAGAAAUCUUCAUUCUGGGUGUU